UUAUCAUUUCAUGGGUUCAAAUCGAGAAAUUUACGAUAGUGAGGGACCAAACUGACAUUAUCCUUUAAAGACGAAAAAGUCAUCAUCAGAUUCUCAGAGGAAGAGCUUCAGCUAACAAAGGAGUAACAAUGGCUUCCCUUCACCUUGCUAUUCUUUCACUUCCCGGAUCCACUUAUCGGCCCACACGCAAAUCGACAAUUCGGUGUUCCGGUGAACAACGGCAAGCACUGUUUAACCGCAUUGCCCCUGUUUAUGAUAACUUGAAUGAUCUCCUGAGCUUGGGUCAACACCGUAUAUGGAAAAGAAUGGCCGUUUCUUGGACCGGAGCUAAAGAUGGAGACAAUGUACUGGAUGUGUGUUGUGGAAGUGGGGAUUUGACAUUUCUUUUAUCUGAAAGAGUUGGACCCUAUGGCAAGGCGGUUGGUCUUGAUUUCUCAAAGGAACAAUUAUUAACCGCUUCGACUCGGCAGAAAUUACGUUCAAAGACAUGUUACAAGAACAUUAAGUGGAUGGAAGGCAAUGCACUUGAUUUACCCUUUCCUGACUCCUCCUUUGAUGCUGUUACUAUUGGCUAUGGAUUACGAAAUGUGAUCGAUAGACAUAAAGCUAUGACAGAGAUAUGUCGAGUCUUAAAACCGGGUUCAACAGUAUCUGUUCUUGACUUCAAUAAAAGCAUCAAUCCCUUGAGCACCACAAUUCAGGAGUUGAUGAUUGACAAUAUAGUUGUUCCAGUAGCAAGUGGUUAUGGCCUAGAAGAUGAGUACAAAUACUUGAAAAGCUCUAUCAAGAACUUUCUGACAGGAAACGAGUUAGAGAUGUUGGCUCUUGAAGUAGGAUUUUCCACUGCCAAACAUUUUGAGAUAGGGUUCGGACUUAUGGGCAAUUUGGUAGCCAUCCGAUAGAAUGAUUUCAACUGCUUCAUCUUCCUCCUGCCUUCAAAAGCGAGAAAAGAUGCAGUAACAAGAGGAAUGAGUGGUAUUUUCACCAAUAAAUGUUUAAAACUUUUUACAUAGAUUUCAAUCAUGCCUAUUAGUGCAUUGAGUAUUGCACCCUGACCGACUGAAGAUGUCUGAUACAAUAUACUUUUCACCACUAUUUGUUGCCUAUCUCCUAGUCCUUUCCCCUCUCUAUGCUAUGAAAGAUGCAGUGACAAGAGGAAUGAGUGGUAUUUUCACCAAUAAAUGUUUAAAACUAUUUACAUGGAUUUCAAUCAUGCCUGUUA